AGGCAAGCGUGUACUGAGAGAGACUAAAAGAAAAGUUACCAUGGCUGACAAUAAAAUGGGACCAAAUCUCCAGGCUGGGGCAGGAAUUUUCGCGAGGCGGGUCCAGAAAUCCCUAAACAGAGCUCAAGAAAAGGUUCUUCAGAAACUGGGUAAAACAAUGGAGACCAAGGAUGAACAUUUUGAGUUAUGCUCCCAGAACCUCAACAAGCAACAGAUGGAUGGAGUCAGGUUGUUCAAAGAUGUUAAGGCCUAUUACUCAGCUGUGAAAGCUGUACAUGAAACUUCAAAGAGGCUGUCCCAGACUUUAAGAGACGUCUAUGAACCAGACUGGGAUGGAUUGGAAGACCUUGCUGUCAUUACUGAUAGCGAAGACUUACUGUGGAAUGAUUUUGAGGAGAAAAUAAAUGACCAGCUUGUCCGCACUAUGGAGAACUACACAAGUCAGUUUCCGGAGGUUAAGGAAAGAGUUGCCAAACGCUGUCGUAAAUUAGUGGACUAUGAUUCUGCUCGCCAUCAUUUGGAAGCUCUUCAAAGUGCAAAGAAGAAGGAUGAUACCAAAAUCUCAAAGGCUGAAGAAGAGUUCAAUAAAGCCCAAAGUGUUUUUGAGGAGAUCAAUAAUGAGCUGAGAGAAGAGCUACCAGGACUCUAUCAGAGUCGGAUUGGUUGCUAUGUGACCAUCUUCCAAAAUAUAUCCAACCUCAGAGAUGUCUUCUACAAAGAAAUGAGUGUGCUAAACCGUGACUUGUACAAUGUUAUGAAAAAACUUGAGACCCAGCAUUCAGGCAAAGCUUUUAUUGUGAAGGGCCUGAACAGCGCGGCAAGCAAGUCAAAGAAGAAAAGAUCACUGGUUAUCUCCAACCCCAUUCCUUGUAACACUGCAUUCCCAGCUGACCACGUGUCCAUCCAUUCAAACGGUGCCGAUGGAUCUUCCACCUCCAGCCAGCAGUCUGAAAGUGUCACAGAGGAGCAGGGAAAAGACAGCGGUUCUUCAACUAAAGACAUGAACUCCUCAGACUCAGACCUCAGCUCCACUGGCAGCAAUACGCCUCAAAGACAGUCCAUGUGUGAUCAUGAGGACAGUGACAACAGCAGUGGGAAUCAUUCUAUAACAGAGGCUGAAACUGGUCCAGAAUCGGAGCUCUCCACCAGUCAACCACAUGAUCAACCACAUGAUCAACCACAUGAUCAACCACAUGAUCAACCACAUGAUCAAUCACAUGAUCAAUCACAUGAUCAAUCACAUGAUCAAUCACAUGAUCAACCACAUGAUCAACCACAUGAUCAACCACAUGAUCAAUCACAUGAUCAAUCACAUGACACAGAGGAAGAAGCACCUACAACUCAGGAAUUGAGUGAAGAGGCACCCGCUCCGUCUAUGGAUGGUAGUGAUGCACAGAGUCUUUCUGAAGACAAUGGUAGCGACGUGCCAAUGGAGGAGGUCAAACCCAAACCAGCCCCAGUUCCAGCCCCACGCCUGUCCUUUCGCAGGGCAGAGAGGCACCCAGCAAACCCAGAAAUGCAGGAGCAGCUAGAGCAAAAAGACUCCCCAAAUCCUCCAGACUUUUUGUACAAGGCAGUGGCACUAGAGAGCCAUGCAGCAAGUGAAGAUGGCCUGCUCCAGUUUGAAGAGGGAGAUUUCAUUCUGGUGCUGUCUGGCUCUCAAGAGGAAGGCCUUCUGAGGGGGAUCCGGGAGGAGAGCUGGCUUCAGCACAGAGAUGUAGAGAGUCACUCAGGCGUUGUCUCAGAAAAACUCCUAAAGCCUGUACAGAGUGAAUAGAUGCACUGCUUAUAUAUGUUCUUCAGAAACUCGCAGACAAGAGCAAGAAGAGCAAGAAUGGUUUUAAGGAAACAGGACUGGGGAGACAUCUUUUUUUUUUUAAAUUAAAGCUUGUUGAACAAAUGUCAAAGAACAAUUUAUUUGAAAUACUGUGAAGCAGUUUUUAUAAACCUUUAUAUGCAAUGUAUAAUAAAGUUGUAUGAUUUUUCUUCUGG